AUGAUGCAGCCGCCGUCACUGCCGCCAUGGAGGCGGCUCACCGAAGAUGAAGAAACUUCAAUCAUGGUCGCUGCACUCAAGAAUGUGAUAACCGGAAAUACUGCGACGGUUAACCAACGGCAGGAAUAUGAUCACCGGCAGUUCUCUCCGUCCAGUUAUUCUCCGGCCACACCUGUCGCCGUUAGUGAGCCAGUGGAUCCUGUUCCUCAAACGUGUCCGGUUUGUCGGAUUAGCGGGUGCUUGGGAUGUAAUUUCUUUACGGCUGAUAUGAAACAGAACGACGGAGGCAGUGGUGGUGCUGGUGGUCCGAUUAAGAAAACGAAGAAGAAUUACAGAGGAGUGAGACAGAGGCCGUGGGGAAAAUGGGCAUCGGAGAUUCGGGACCCACGUAAAGCAGCUCGGGUAUGGUUAGGUACUUUUGAGACUGCUGAAGCAGCUGCUCGGGCUUAUGACAGAGCAGCGAUAGAAUUCAGGGGAGCCAGAGCGAAGCUCAAUUUUCCGGUGACUGAUUACACGACAAAACCGUUGUCGCAACUGGAAAACCAGCAGACAGCUGCAUCGUCAUCAAGAAAAAAACAAGAAACCGAGAAGAAACACGUCGUAGAAAAGAAAACAAAUGCUUUGGAGAAAGAGAGUGAAGAUUGGAUGAUGACGAUGAUACAAGACGUCGAUGUCGAUGGCGGUUUCCCCGACUUAACAAAUCUUGAAUCAAUCUAA